AUGGAAACCAAGACGAAACGUCUAUCUCAUGAUGCAUAUACAGUGGCGCUGUUCACCCCCCGCGAGAUUGAGUUGAGUGCAGUGAGAUAUAUGCUCGACGAAGAACAUCAGCCACUACCGAGCGCCGGCAAUGACCCGAAUAACUAUGUUCUGGGACGGCUCUGUCAGCACAAUGUCGUUAUCGCGUCCUUGCCUACCGGAUACCAAGGUAAGAUCUCCACUGCGGUCGUCGCAGGAGAUUUGGCGCGCACCUUCCCGUCGGUCACGCUUCGAUUGCUCGUGGGCAUUGGAGGUGGCGUGCCCAGCGACACUACCGACAUUCGUCUGGGAGAUGUGGUGGUCAGUGUUCCAUCUGGAUCUCAGGGUGGUGUUGUUCAAUACGAUCUGGGAAAGCAGACUACAACUGGGUUUCAACGCAAAGGAUUCUUGUGCCCCCCGCCCAGUGAAUGGCUGGCUAUUCUCCCGAGAAUGAAAUCUGAUCACCGCGUGCGGCCCAACAUGGUCUCAAGUCACAUAGGAGAUAUGCUGAGAAGAUUUCCAGUAUUGUCCGAGUAUAAGAGACCGUCGCCUGAGAUGGACAUCUUGUUCAAGUCCGACUACGACCAUUGCAUGGAUCAGCCAACUUGCCAGUCCUGCGAUAGACAAAAGGCAGUUCCCCGGCAGAAACGCAGCGCUCCGGAUCGACCUUUCAUUCAUUACGGGGUCAUUGCAUCAGGGGAUCGCGUGAUGAAGAAUGCGAAGGAGCGGGACAUGAUCAGUAAGAGUAGCGAGGGCGCGAUCUGUUUUGAGAUGGAGGCAGCAGGCCUUAUGAACGAUUUCCGCUGCAUUGUUAUUCGUGGAAUCUCCAACUAUGCGGACUCGCACACAAACGAUAUUUGGGAACCCUAUGCCGCCGCAGCUGCCGCGGCUCUUGCAAAGGAGCUCCUUUCUGACGCUAUGAGAAAGCUGACCAAGGAUGUCAAAAUGCUGGCAGCCACCAUUCAAUGCUCUCGUGAGACUGCUGCCUUGAAGGCUUUCUACACUGAAGGGAAGCGUCUUAAUAUAGAACUGGUGAAGCGCUCAUUACAGGUCGGCGAGAAUCAUCAAUCAUUCUCUCUCAUGCCACGCCUCAAGAUGCAAGCAGAUAAGGACUCAGACAUCAUCCCCUUGCCAUCGCUAUUUGAACCACGCACUGGAUCAUCACACACGCCUUCGGUACCCAAACGCAUCCUGAUCGAAGGGCGGGCCGGAGUAGGAAAGACGACUCUCUGCAAGAAGAUCGUUUAUGACCACCUCCACCAUCAACUGUGGAGCCACCUUUUCGACUGGGUAUUGUGGGUUCCAUUGCGCAAGCUGCGACGAAGAUCGAAAACGGCAGUUGCGUACAACUUGGAAAAUCUGUUUUAUGACGAAUAUUUCUCUCAACACCCUGAUGGCAAAGACUUGGCACGAGCAUUGUCGCAGGCUGUCAACGAUCCCUCCCUUAGCAACCGAGUACUUUUCUUGCUCGAUGGUCUCGAUGAAUUUUCCAGUGAAUGGGAUACAGACACGCCAAUGCACGAUUUUGUGUCCCAUCUGCUGAAGCAACCGCAGGCCAUUAUCACGACAAGACUCCGCCCCUCGGAUCAAAUCGAUCUAGGGACUGUCGAUCUCGAACUAGAAACCAUAGGAUUUCUUCCUGACCAUGUAAACAACUACAUCAACCACCCAGAGAUUGUACCUGACGGUGGGACUGCGAGGGAGAUUGAGUCAUUCUUGCAAAAGCAUACCCUUAUGCAAAGCCUCAUGCGAAUCCCUGCCCAGCUGGACGCACUGUGCUAUAGUUGGGAGCGAGACUCGUUGGAAGGGAGGCCGCAGACAAUGACCAGCAUUUAUCAGGCAAUUGUGCUGAAGCUGUGGAGAAAGGAUAUUCUGCAGCUGGGCAUUCGAGAUAACCAAGGAAUGCCGCUAACGGAGGGGAGAGUAAAAGACAUCUUCGAGUCUGACAUCGAGGAUUAUAUAUUCAAUGAGAUCGACCUAAUCGAGGGUCUUGCCUUCCACGGGCUCACCAAUGAUAUUAUCGAAUUUCGGUGGAAAGACCGACAAUCGUUCUACAGACUUUUCAAACGGCACGAGGAGAAGCGUCCUGCCGAUGGCGAACGUGUGCUUCGGAAGGCCUCAUUUCUGCGUACCUCAGACGAUACUCUGCAGAGACACGAGCAAAGUUUUCAUUUCCUUCACUUGACCUUCCAAGAGUUCUUUGCAGCGAGAUAUUUUGUCAGGCACUGGCUACAGAACAAGCCUCUCCCGCUCUAUCGUGUGGGUCAACAAUCAACGAAGAACUCUUUAAUGGCACCCCGAUUGUUCCUUCAGGCAAAGAAAUACGAUUUGCACUAUAAUAUAUAUUGGCGUUUUGUAGCAGGACUUUUACAAAACUGCUGGCAGUCAGAUGCUGCAAGCGGAGAGUUGGUGAGAGAUUACUUCGAUCAACUAGACCGUGAGCCUCGCGACGUGAUGGGACCGGCCCACCGGCGACUUACCAUGCAUUGCCUCAGUGAGGUAGCCCCCGCGAGCGAUGAUGAGGCCAUUUCGGAGAGGAGGUCUUCGCUUGAGAAACGCUGCUGCAAUGGGUAG